AUGAGUGAUAUACCCAUUCAAUUAGGUCAUUAUCGGUUACGUAAAACGCUUGGUAUUGGUUCUUUUGGCAAAGUCAAAUUGGCAGAACAUGAUAUUACGGGACAUAAAGUGGCAAUAAAAAUCCUCAAUCGGAAUAAAAUCCGAAGUCUUGAUAUGAGUGAAAAAGUCCGACGGGAGAUUACGCUCUUGCGUAAAAUGCGUCAUCCACAUAUUAUCCGUCUCUACGAGGUCAUUGAUACACCAACGGAUAUUUUUAUGGUGCUCGAGUAUAUUGCAGGUGGAGAAUUAUUUGAUUAUAUUGUAUCAAAAGGACGGUUGGGACCAGAAGAAGCACGACAUUUUUUCCAUCAGAUUAUUUCUGGCGUCGAGUACUGUCAUUUUCAUCGAAUUGUACACCGAGACUUGAAACCUGAAAAUUUGCUGUUGGAUGCUGAUAACAAUAUCAAGAUUGCAGACUUUGGGCUGUCAAAUAGUAUGGAAGAUGGAGAUUUCUUACGCACAUCGUGCGGUUCUCCAAAUUAUGCAGCACCCGAGGUGAUUUCGGGCAGUUUGUAUGCUGGUCCAGAAGUCGAUGUAUGGUCGUGUGGUGUUAUUCUCUAUGCACUAUUGUGCGGUAGUCUACCGUUUGAUGAUGAAAGUAUUCCCAACUUGUUUAAAAAAAUUCGAGGUGGUAUGUACUCGCUACCGAGUCACUUGUCCGAGAUGGCGCGCGACCUCAUUCCGCGCAUGCUCGUGGUGGACCCCAUGAAGCGUAUUACGAUCCCAGAGAUCAGGCAACAUCCAUGGUUCCAGAUUGAUCUCCCGCCAUAUCUACAACACCCGCCGGAGAUUGUAGAGAAUGAGACAUUCAAGAUUGACGAGGAGUGUCUGUCGCAAUGUUUGGCACUGAACUAUGCAGCAAAUAUUGGACACGAUCAGCUCGUGGCACUGCUUAUGAGGCGAGAGAACCAUCCGCUUCGUGUAGCGUAUGAACUUAUUCUUGACCACAAGAACGCUAAGAUUCGCAUAGACGAGUUACGCGACGUGCGCACGGUGAAUAACAAGCCCAAGACGUUCUCAACUCCUGAGCCUAGUACAUUAUUGUUGCCUGGACGAGGACCGCUUCCAAUGGCGGCAUCGCCUUUGGUGACGCCGUCGUCUGCUCUUGCCGAUCCGCGAAAUUUUGGUGGGCGUGGUAUUAAUAUUCCAGGGCAGGGGCCGCGAAUGUCAAUAGGUGGAGGCAACAACGUGCUUGGUUUCGAAGAUGGUCUCGGGAGCACCGCUCCCACAGCUAAGCGGCGACGAUGGUAUCUAGGAAUUCAGUCAAAGAAAGAGCCGGCUCAUGUAAUGUCCGAGGUGUACAAGGCGCUCUUCGUGCUUCACUUUGACUGGAAGGUUGUGGCGCCGUACCGCGUCAAAUGCCGGUGGCAAGCUUCAGAAGGAGACACAAAUGGUAGCACCGUGAUGAAUCCAGAGAAGGCAAUGUUGCAGCAGCAAAUGCAGCGCAUCAAGAUUGGUCUUCAGCUGUACAAGGUGCAGCAGCAUAUCUAUCUACUUGAUUUUCAGCGUCUGGAUGGGAAUGCUUUCACGUGCAUGAACCUCUGUGCUCGAAUAAUUACCGAGCUCAAGACGCUGUCAGGGAUUCGACCACUCGUAAGCGGCCACGAUCCGCGCUUUGGUAGCGACAGUGGAGGCAAUGUGAACGCAGUGUACAUGCAUCCACACACUCCGCACGUCCAGGGCGCUCAAUGA